CCAGAACAGCAGCACCGGGCUGAUCAGACCGACAGAGAGAGAGACAGAGAGAGAGGAGCUGUGUCUGCGUCAAGCCAAGGCGCAGCGCCUGUCUGUUCAUCCCAGCGCGGCUCUACUCGCCCGGAGCCCAUCCCUGUAGUUCAGUGGGCGUGGUGUCAAUUGGAAAACAAAGUGCAGAGACACCCUUCUCUACUUCCUACAUCACCGGGAUCCGUUGAGUUUACCCGCCGCUCGCUGGCUCGAUGCUAGUUCACCGCUCAGCACAGCCGAGAAGAGAGGGACGAGAGAUCGGUGAAUGCGCUCCGGGGUUCCGCCAACCGGUUAGAGGUUGGAUUCAGUUCUGUGCGUUAUGGUGACACCAAGGACGAAUAGCAGUCAGCAAGCAUCUCGUCCUCUCUCUCUCUCUCUCUCUCUCUCUCUCCCUCCUAGCCGGCCUUGCGCUAUAGACCAACGAGAUAAAUGGGCAGCAGACUGCACCAAACAGUGUCCGGUACCGAUAACACCAUUUCACAUUGUCUAAAAUAACUGGACGGGACCCGUCAUGUACUAAAGAAAGACCAGUACACCAGUAGCGGUUAAGAGACUGGAACAGGAUUUUUUUUGGAAGAAGCGGGUUGUUUGUUCAGUAUGAGCGGUGGAGGAGAAAUCAUCUUCCAGGGCUGGCUGAGAAAGUCGCCACCAGAGAAGAAACUGAGGAGAUAUGCGUGGAAAAAGCGUUGGUUCAUCCUGCGUAGCGGUCGUAUGUCUGGCGACCCUGAUGUCCUGGAGUACUAUAAGAACGACCACUCUAAGAAGCCCAUCCGGAUCAUCGACCUGCAUUGCUGUGAGCAGGUGGACGCUGGGCUGACCUUCAAGAGGAAGGAGUUUCAGGAUAGCUUCGUGUUCGACAUCAAGACGUCAGAGCGCACUUUUUACUUGGUGGCGGAGACCGAGGAGGAGAUGAACAAGUGGGUCCGCUCGAUCUGUCAGCUGUGUGGCUUCAACCAGUCAGAGCAGAACAACCACGACGGCCGGUCCUCUACAGCUCAUAUGGGCCGUUCCCUGGCAGCAGACCUGUCCAGUUCCCUGACCCCACUGACCAGAGAGCGUAAGUCGUCUGCUCCAGUCCACUCUUCCCAGCCCGUCCUGUUCACCUUCGACGUCCCGGUCCGCCACGGUGGGUCCCACAGUCACCACGGUAACCACGGUAACCACGGGGGCUCCCUGUCCAACAGCGCACCACAGGAUUACCUUCUACUGCAUCAGUGCAUGAGCAGGAAGACAGAGAGCGCACGAAGUGCCAGUUUCUCCCAGGUACAGCACAGUAGCAAUCUGUUUGUGGGCAGUGACUCGGCGAUGCAGAAGUUCUCCCAUGGUUUCUCUCACUGUCUGAACGGGAUGGGCGCUCAGCUGCAUGGCUUCUACAGCCUGCCCAAGCCUGGCAAGCACCAACUGGCCUCUGCAGUCGGGCCCAGGUCCUCCACACGACCAGACUCCCCCCAGGAGGGCUGCUACGUGCUACCCAGGGGGUACAGCUCUGAGGGGCCUAACCUGGAUCAGAGCCGCCUGGGAGACACGGAUCAGCAGGAGAACGAGGAGCUGUACACCUUCAAGACGCCUUGCAACACGCUGGCCACCGGCAACGACCGUAACCACAGUAACGACCAACACAGCAACGACCGUAACCACAGCGACGAGCGUAGCAACGACCGGCAGACUGACAACUACGACCUCCCGACCCCGCCCGGGUCCUUCUACCAGAUCCCGCGGACGUUCGAUAAGAACCACAACGUGACCCCGUCUGGCUCUGAGUCGUCUAGUGGACCCCCUCCACGGCCUCCCAAGCCCAGCCAGGGGUCAGAGAGCGGGAGGUGGGGUAGUCCGAGGUCACUGGGUGGGCAGAAUGGAGAGGUGACCACGGUUAUACCCAGGAGGAACACUCUGCCUGCCGUGGAGAACAGCAGGUUACAUCGAGGGUGUUCAUUUGAGACCAGCAGCCAUCACCGUCCGAUCUAUUUCAACAACCAAGGCCAGUCUGUGGAGUGUGUCAACGAUGGCUUCAGUUCUUACCUGAGAACAAAGGCUCCUCUGACACGUUCGGACAGCGGUGACUCGGAGGACAACUAUGUGCCUAUGAACCCAGGCUCAUCUCCCCUCAACGCCGCCCAGGCGGACAGCCCCAAAAACAUCUACAUCCCCAUGAGCCCCGGGCCGCACCACUUUGAUUUCCCAGGGUUCUCGGCCACGCUACCCGCCCGGAAGGGAAGUACCGCCUCGCUGUGUCACCGACCUGGGAGGCUGAGUGACGUCACACCACCACCUAUAAAUCGCAACCUCAAACCCAACAGGAAAUCCAAGCCAACACCUCUGGAUCUGAGGAACAAUGGCAUCAUUGAUGAGCUCCCAUUUAAGAGUCCAAUCACCAUGUCCUGGACCCGACCCAUGCCUAUGAACUCAGGUGGCAUGUCCUCCCAGCACUGCAGACCCAUCUCCACCCAGAGUAUCACCAGCACUGACUCUGCAGACAGCGAGGAGAACUACGUAGCCAUGCAGAACCCAGCGUCUACCUCUCCAGCAGUGAGUGGUACCAGCAGCCCCGCCCCUAGGAAGUGUGGUAAUGUGGACUACCUAGCUCUGGACUUCCAGCCGGGCUCCCCCAGUCCACACAGAAAGCCCUCUACGUCCUCAGUGACAUCUGAUGAGAAGGUGGAUUAUGUCCAGGUGGACAAGGAGAAGACGCAGGCCCUCCAGAACACCAUGCAGGAGUGGACGGACGUCCGACAGUCCACCGACCCCGCCCCUAAGACCGUAAAGUCCUGACAGUAACCAUGGGAAAGACACAGCGCUCUGACCUUACCUCAUGUCAAGACAAGCAUCUCCUGUAGGAUGUCACGAUGUUACUGACAGAAGUCAGUUUGAGGAGUGAAGGAACAUUUAUGGAUGGCGGAGACACAGAUUACCUCUGUUGGACAGGUGAUGACUAAAAUUACUUGAGGACUGAAAUGAGGACUAAAAUGAGUUGAGCACCGAAAUAAGGACUGAAAUGAGGACUAAAAUGAGCUGUGGACUGAAAUGAGGACUAAAAUUAGUUGAGGACUGAAAUGAGGAUUAAAAUGGGUUGAGGACUGAAAUGAGGACUGAAAUUAGGGCUGAAAUGAGGACUGAAAUGGGUUGUGGACUGAAAUGAGGACUGAAAUGGGUUGUGAACUGAAAUGAGGGCUGAAAUGAGGACUGAAAUGGGUUGAGGACUGAAAUGAGGACUUGGCUGAAAACGCCUAGCUGUGUUCUGUGGUGAUCAUCAGUGCUUUGCACUGCAGCCAACGCUUUUGAUGCAGGCGGACAGAGACCCAACCUGAACCUGCCAAAGCUUUUCUCCCUAAAGAGACUGUUAUUAAAGCUGGACUGAACUGAUAGGGACUUGCCUUCCAAAUACUUACCUCUACAGUGACCUUUCUUCUAGGUUUUCUUCUGACUCCGUCAAGCUAUGGGGGGGGAGAAGACAUUUCAACUGCAACACAACAUUGAGUGUGUUUUCUCUUCCUGUUUAGCAGGUUAGCUAAUGUACAUAGCUACUUAAAACUAUUUGCUGCCAGUCAAACUGCUAUCGUUGUCUGACCGCCCAACCAGUCGGUGGUAAUUGUAUCAGGAAUGCAUAUUCUAUUACAGAUGCAGUCUCAUUUUGCUUGAUUAGGACAGAGGGGGGGAAGGAGGGCCUCGUCUGGCUCCCAUUCUUUACUGACUUCAAUCAACCGUUUUAGCUGAGCCUUGCAGAAGUGAAACAAGGCGCGGAGGUUAUUUUCACUGCACUGCAGGCAGUAAUUUCAGCUUAGCCAUGCAGGACCUGUCGUCUGGUGUAGGGAGACCAAAUAACAGCCUUACAAUAAAUAUUCUCUUCAGGAGCCUUAAUGAGAAUUUUCAAAACGGCUGUCGGGUUGAUCGUGGUUGUUUAAGUAAUGUAUCCGUCCAUAAAUACCGGUUCUUCUUGUCAACGGUGGUGACUCUGUUUGCAGCGACUGCUCUUAAACUAAUAGAUGAAAACUCAGACAUGUCAGAAAGUAAUAACGAAGACCGAAAAAAAAAAAAAAUAAAGAGA